CGCCCAGCUCCUCUCCCUCCCUCCCCCUCCCGCACCGCACCGCACCGCACUGGAGUCACCGAGGAGAGGCCCGACCACCGUCGAGAGAAGGCCUGAGACAGAGGGUGAGAAGAUGAUCCUGGCGGUGCUCUUCGCCAACUCCGACGGCAACAUCCUCAUCGAGCGGUUCCAUGGGGUUCCCGCGGAGGAGAGGCUUCACUGGCGCUCGUUCCUGGUGAAGCUCGGAUCCGAGAACCUCAAAGGGUCCAAGAGCGAGGAGCUCCACGUUGCUUCCCACAAGUCGGUCUCUAUUGUUUAUACAAUGAUUGGGGACGUCUGCCUGUACAUUGUUGGCAAGGAUGAAUAUGAUGAGCUUGCUUUGGCCGAGGUGAUCUUUGCGAUUACAUCGGCAGUGAAGGAUGUCUGUGGAAAACCUCCUACUGAGCGCCUCUUCCUUGACAAAUACGGGAGGAUCUGCUUGUGCCUUGAUGAGAUCGUUUGGAAGGGUCUGCUUGAGAACACGGAGAAGGACAGAGUUCGGAGGUUGAUCAGACUAAAGCCCCCUGUUGAGCCAUGAUUUUCAUCUUUGUAUCUUGUGUAUUUAUGUUUUUCAAACUCAAACUCAUUUAGGCAAAAUUUUCAGUUUGCUUCUGCCGAUAUCUGUACUGUAUCUACAAUACUGUCACUUCGAUCAUCAGUGGAUUGUGUACAUGACAUUGCAAAGGAUAGCAUGAUGAUCUGUGAGUCUGUUGUGUUGUUA